AUGUCAAACUAUUUUGAAACUGAUUCUUGGCCAAAUGAAUUUGACGAUUUUCCUACUCACCACGCGUUAACACUACCAAGCAAGAUUAUAAAACGUAUAGCGCAAUAUCUAGGCGUCCAGCAUGACCGCUUCAACUUUUGCCUUGUCAACAAAAGAUGGACCCCCGCAGCUACAGAAAUUUUAUGGUCAGAACCUGUAUUUAAUACACCAGAUUCUUUCCAUUCGUUCUGUCGUUCUGUUAGACAAUCGAGGUCUUGUGCUCUUAGAGUUCGCGUAUUAGAUUUAUGUGCACCAGAAGAUGAGCUCGUAAACCUUUUUACACCUGUUUUAAAGUCAGAACGUCAAGAGCAUCAAAAAAUGCGUACUUAUGUGUUAUCAAAGCCAAAUUCUAUCAUGAACUUAGUUCGAUCAUGCGAGAAUUUAAAGAGUAUUAAAAUAUAUGGGUGGAAUCUUAAUGAUAGUCACAUACAAUCUUUAAUUCAAUAUUGUCCGGGACUCGAGGAAUUUCGCGUGGUAGGGAACCAAAAUCUCUCUCAGUUCUCUGUCUAUUCGCUUAUAAAUUGUAUUCCUGUCCUUCAUGUUCUCGAUCUGGAUGGAGUUUUUGUUUUAUCGGAUAAUUUCGCUGAGACAUUAGCGACCAAAUGUUCCCAACUCACCUCACUUAAGAUUUGUACAGAUAUGAUGUCCGUACGUGGUUUCGAUAUCUUAGCCGGAAAAUUAACGCGUCUGAAGAAAUUAGUGUUACAAAACUGUUCGCAAAUGUCAGACGACAACAUCGAACGUUUUGUACGUAACAAUUCUAGUUUACAAACACUGUUGCUAUCGGGUGAUAAACUGUCUAUUAGAUCUUUUCAAGCUAUUAUUUCUUCGUUGGAAGAUUUGCGUCAUCUAGAUCUGAGGUGCUUAAAAGAAAUGUCUCAUACUAUCAAAUGGGUCACGCCAAUCGGGCAGAAAUUGCAUACAAUAUUACUCGAUAAUUUAUCUGUGGAUGAUGAUCUAAUUGAUAUUCUUUCAAACAAUUGCAAACACGUAGAGAUAUUUGGACUUUCUAGAUGCCCGUUCGUGACAGAUCGGUCAAUAGAUAGCAUUGCUGAACGCUCUGAAAAUUUGCGCAUCGUCAAUUUAAUAGGAUGUCAUAAGAUUACUGAUACUUGUUUAAGAAUUUUAGCGAACAAAGCAUGUUAUACGCUUGUUCAAUUGCUUGUCGAUUCAUGUGGAUUUUUCGAUCCAGCAGGAGUGCGUUGGUUUGUUUCUAAUACUUUUAAACUUGUAAGAAUUACAUUUUGCAAGAUGCCAUCAAUAUCAGAGUCCUUUGUCUAUCAAUUCUCCACAGAACAUUAUUCUAAUUUCGACAAUCCGACCGGUAGAUGUACUAUCGAGGGUGAUAAUUUGAAGAAAUUGGCUCAACACAAUAACCAGAAUUCACAUUCUUUGGAAUCAGUCCAACAACCACAUGAAAAAAGAUUAUCUAAUGAUACUAAUUCUUUUCAAAAUAUGCAUAACCUUUCCGAGAUUCAAAUAAAUGCAUUGGCUAUCGAAUUGGGAUUAUCUUCAGAUGUAUUGAAUAGAGCAAUGAAAAAAGUUCUUGACAGUGACCGUUCACCUGCUUCAACUUCAGCAAUUGGAGACGAAUUCAGUCACAGUACUAACAACAUGCGUUAUGAAUCAUCACACAAUUCAUCCAAGUCUGUGGGUAACAUUAACCAAGAACAAUCCUAUUUUUCGCCCAAUCAAAAAUAUGAACAUUCACAUAUGGGUUCUCGAGAUUCAUCACGCCGUACAUCUAAAGAUUUUUAUGAGAAUUCAGUAAAUGAACCCAUAUCUACUAUAAAUCGUCGUCAUACCAUAUCUUCAAUAAGCAGUAGUUCAACUCAACAAUUCCGUCCAGAUGAAUUAUCUUCUGUCAUUACAAAAACACAGAGUGGAUGGUCAUCGAUUAAUGUUAAACUCCCUAGUUUGCAUCGAAACUCUGUAGAUUCUGAGAGAGAAAGCUUAUCAAGCCAACUUGCUUCAAAUUCUUUGGAAUCAACAUCAUCUAUUCAUCCAAAGGUUACAAACGCGGUUACAGAUGAUAUCUUUGAUAAACAUGAAUUUAGUGAGAAUUUCGAAAACGAACAAAACAAAGUCUCAAAAGAACAACAAGUUGAACAAUCAAAAAUAAAAGAUCCAAUAAAAUCGACGGGACAGUUUCUAUUUGAACAAAACACGCCUUUUUCCACUUAUCCUGAACCAAAUAAACAAUGUACAUCACCCCAAAACUAUUCAGAGCCGAAUUCAUCAAUUCGAGACUUACAACAGCAAAACUUAAGACCACGUUCUAUAUCACCUGAAUCUAUGUUGAUUGAAACAGAUUCGCAUACAUUACCGAAUAAUGAUGAAGAGAUAGCACGUCCAUCUAGUGCUUUUUCUGAUCAAUCUGCCAAUUCUUUAAUUGAUUUUUCGCCUUCAUGGAACGGCAUGAAUACGCAUUAUGAUUUGGGUGGAUGGGAAGAAUUAGGAAUAACCACUGGCGAAAGUGUAGACCAUUCACAACAUCAAUCAAUCGGGCAAACAUCAGCAUCUUCUCGGCAGUUUGAAUGGAAUAGAAAUCGUUGGGAUUCUCAAGAAGAACCAACAACAUAUUUCUCAGAUAAUCCGAAAGAAAAAAUCACAGAGAUAAUUGAUGAAAAUGAAAAUUUAGGAUAUCAAUCGAAUAUGACGAAUGGUAAAGGGAAUCAUAUUAUUGAGAAAAUUGAUAAAGGGAAAGCUCCAAGUGUUGUGACUAAUGAAGUGAUUCGCGCAACCACUCCACCAAAUUUUAACAGAGACUUUUCCGACCGAAAUUUUGACAAAAAGGAAUUAAAUAACGAUUUUACGCAUCAGAACUUAGAAGAAAGUGGAUGGCCUGAAACUUCUACCAAAAGUACUCCUACGCACCUUAAUGAAGAAGAGUGGCCAAUAGUUGGAGAAGUUUUUAAGAAAAAGGAUUCCAAGAAGAGCAUCAAUAUGGAUUUUAAUUUUCAUAGUCAAACAAGCAUAAAUUUUUCAUCUGUUUGGGGAAGUAAUAAAAAGUGGAUAAGCGAUGCUGCACCACCAAAACCUGAACCACCAACUCCUACCUGGGACCCAAAUGAAGUUAAUAAUUUGACUUGGCAUCCUAUUCAAGAAGCAAAAGCGCCAAUUUAUUUCAAGAAAAAACAUACCCCAGUCGUUAAUUUUGACCUUGAUGAUUGUGAGGGGUGGGGUGCACCUCCUACAAAAUGUAUCCCAUGGAAUGAUUCACGUCAGGGAUAUUGUUUUGAAUUGAUUGAAGAACAAAAGGAGACCACAUUUUGGUCAUUGCAAGGUGGAAAUUGGGUGAACGUUAGUGAAGAAAAUCAAAUAACUGAACAAAUAUCUGAAUAUUCUUCCGAUGGUAGCAACGUGAGACAAAUGACAAGGACUCGUUUCGGACGACAAGAGAUUCAGUCCAGGUCCAUCGAUGUUCCUUCGUGGGAUGAACUCCGACAGCAAGUUAGAAAUAAAAACGAAGAUCGCGGUUUGACGAUGCCUGACACAGGAGAAAUUGGAAAUGUUAUUAUCGAACUAGACAAUUCUGAUAAUGAAACUCCGAAAGAUAAAGAUAAAAAGGAUCAUUUAAAUUAUGAGACACUAAAUAUUGAAGAAUCUUACGAACGUCUCGGUAAUCCUCAGUGGAUACCUAAACGUGAAUGGCUUCAAAAUGAAAAUUAUGUUGACUAUCCUAAACCUGAAAGAAAUGGUGAUCUGAUUAACUUUGAUUUACCAGAUAUCUCUGAUUCUAAAAGUUCAUCUGACGAUUCAGAGGAACCUUUAUCAUCAACACCCAAUAGGGAUGAAGAUGAUAAGAUAAUUCGAAAGCCUGAUUCCCAUUCUGAAUGGGAUAAUCCAUUGAAUUUAUCCGGAAAAGAAAUAAAUAUUGAUUUGACAUUUGAUGAUGAUAUUCCGUUGGAGGAUAGGGGGCUUGAAAAUGAUUCUUGGUUUGCAGAUGAUAUUAUUGCUACGACCCGGAACGAGCAAAAACGUCGAGAGGAAAUUAUAAAAGAAGCUGAAUCAGAUCUUUUGAUUAACCUUGAUUCUAAUCAGGGUCAAGAAUCAAAAUCAAAUGCCAAUAAUUAUUCGAAUUUUUUUGGUACUAUUAGCAAGGAUAUCGCAGAAUUGAAUAAUUCGUUAUAUGACUCUGCUACAUAUUCCACAAUAUCGCCGACGAAAUGUGACUUAAUGGAUGAUUCUAUGGAUCUUUAUCAUUUUAAUAAAAAUGAAAAUAAUAAUACUUUAAUGUCAGUAAACAAUGACAAUCGUUCACUCUCACCUCAAGCGAACUUUAGUAUACGGAAUUUUGGACACUCGACUGACACGGUUUCGAAUCAACGCUCAGAUACCAAUGGUUUAAUUGUGGAAGAUAUGAUGGAAUCUAAAGUUACUUACCAAACUGAUGACACAAGAUCGACUAUUUCUUCGCGUGAUAUAUCAGAUGAUUUUCCAGGAGCUAACUUAGCUUCUUCGAUUAUUACACAUGAUACUAAAAGAAAUAAAUCUAAAAGUAAACCUGUAGACGAUCAAGAAGAAAUAUCUGAUAGCUUAUAUACAAUGUCUAACGGUGGAGAUCCGAGUUAUAAUCUUGACGGAGAAGAUAAUAAAUUUAAUAUAUUCGUUGAAACACCAUCGAAUGGACGCCAAAUUUUGGAGAUGCGCGUGGAUGAUGAUGCCGAUACCGUUGCGGCUAAUUUUUGUCGCACAUGGCAAAUGUCAGAGUAUCAAGAAGUUUUGAAGGGACUCAUACUGAAGGCGAUGAGAAAAAAAUUGCGUCAACGUAAAAAGCGAUUAGCAAGGCAAUCAGAUAAGCAAGAUAUGGAAAGUGUAUAG